AGGAUUUUUGGGCUCAAGACCUUGUUUUUCGGUCGCCGAUGAUGGAACGACCACGCUGGGGGAUCCUUGGUGCUGGGAACAUUUGCAAUGACUUCGCAGCGGGUGUUGUGACUGCGGGCGGCUCCAUCUCUGCGGUCGGUGCCAGCUCGCUGUCGAAAGCGCAGGCGCUCGCCGACAAGGUGAAAGCCUCCCGAGCUGUUGGGUCGUAUGAAGAGCUCGUGGCAGAUCCUGACGUGGAUGUCGUCUAUGUGGGCACCAUCCAUACCAUGCAUUUGCCACAUGCCAGGAUGGCCUUGAAUGCCGGCAAGCAUGUGGUGUGUGAAAAGCCCUUGGCCGUCAAUGAGAAGGAGGCCCAAGAGCUGGUCGACUUGGCAAGGGCCAAGGGCCUCUUCCUCAUGGAAGCCAUGUGGACCCGAUUCUUCCCUGUGACCCGAAAAGUCCAAGAGAUUCUGGCCAGUGGCGAGUUGGGUGCGCCGAAAUCCGUGCAAGCCGAUUUCGGGUUCAUUGGACCGAUGGAGGAUAAGAACCAUCGCUUAUGGGAUCUGAAUUGUGCUGGAGGGGCCAUGUUAGAUAUUGGCAUUUACUUAGUGCAGCUGGCGACCAUGGUCUUCGGAGCAUCCAUGCCAUCGGUUCAGAGCACUGCGUUGCUGACCCCUGAAGGGGUAGACCAUGAAGGAGCGCUCUCCCUUUGCUGGAGCGACAAAGGCUCGGCCAGUCUUUUGUUCACCCUACGUGCGACCACCCCGGAGCACGCGGUGAUUAUGUGCGAGAAGGGCUAUAUCCGGCUCCAUGGGCCUGCGCACACUCCGGAGCGCAUGACUGUGUUCAAAUCCAGUGGCGUACGAGGCAAGUUUGAGGAGCAAGACUUCGAUUUCCCCCUGCCACAGUUGAGACCAGGGCUCACAGUGAUCUACCCCUCCUCCGAGGGAAUGAUGUAUCAAGUCCUGGCGGCGGAGAAAUGCUUGAAGGAGCAGAAGCUGGAAUGUCCCGAGUAUCCCUUGGAGGAGAGCCUUACCGUGAUGCGGAUCAUGGAUGCCUACCGACGCCAGGUAGGUGUGACCUAUCCCUCAGAAUCCACCUGCACGGUCUCCUGAGCUUUGCAGGUCGAGCCGCGAGCUGCUCGUUCGUUUGCAAAGACCACGUGGAAAAGAGAUACAAAAUGCGGUCCUCAAGAAGAUGAG